AUGCCUUAAUGUGAAAACAAUAGUGAGGAGGCUUCUUUUGAACCUAAUAUUAGUUCUGAUUAAAAAUUAGAGUAAAGUGUAUUUGAGAUACCUAACAUUAAGAGGGAAACCAAGAUUCCUCUUGAUUUAGAUAGUAACCAAGAUUAGCUGAUAAAGAAAAGCAAUAAGAAUUGGGCAAUUUAGGGGCUCAGUAUAAUGUUCUUCUUGACUAAAUUCGUGAAAUAAAUGAAAAACCAUUCCACCCAAGUCAAAUUUAAAUCUUUAAAUGCGGACAUUCUGAUGUUGAUUUCGGAUUCUGCAAGUGAUUCGGAUGUUUUAUUGCAAAAAAAUCUGAAUAAAAUUUCAACUAUAAUUUAUGGUUUGAAAGGGACUUUGAGUCACCUUCCCAUUAUAGAUCCUGAUUCAAAUUUUAAGAUGAUAUGGGAUAUAUUUCUAUUAGUAUAAAUUAUCUUGAGUAUUUUUUAUAUCCCCAUGAAAUUAGGAUUUGGUUUUAAUAACGAUAAAACGAUGAAAUAAUUGUUUUUUGAAUCUAUGCCUUCUUGGACAUUUAUAAUAGACAUUAUCAUAAAUUUCUUCACUGCGUAUUACAGUAAAGGAUAGAUCCAUAAAAGUCAUAAGGAUAUAUUUAGGAAUUAUGCAAAAUCGAAGUUUUGGUGGGAUUUAUUAUUUAUAAUCCCAUUCAUUUUAUCAUUCUUUAGUAUUCCAGACAUUGAGUAUAUUUUGAUGUUGAGGAUGGCAAAAGUAAAGAACUUGAUAGAUUAACUAGAGGAAGCAAUAAACCCUUCGAUUACAAUGUAAACGGUGAUGGAAUUAUUUAAAUCAGUGUUUUUGUUAUUGUUUGUGUCUCAUUGUUGUGCUUGUUUAUGGAACUUGAUAGGAUAGAUACAAUUAGAUGGAGGGAAAUAUUCUUGGUUGGAUUCAAAGGGCAUAGUGGAUGCCUCAUGGGAAUCAAGAUAUAUUCAUUCACUAUACUUUAGUACAAUUACAACGUUAACCGUGGGAUAUGGAGACAUAGUUCCAUAGACUGAUCUUGAGAGGACAUUCGUUAUACUGAUGGCAAUGGUCAUUUGUGGAUUAUUUGGAUACACAAUAUCCAGCAUAGGUAAUAUACUGAGGUAAUUGACAGAGAAGGAGUAAAUUUAUAAGUAAAAGAUGAUGUAAUUAAAUAAUUAUGUAAAAAAGAGAUAAUUAAGUAAGUAAUUGAUUUUGCAAGUAAGAAAGUAUUUUGAAUAUUACUUGAAAAUGCAAGAUGAGAACAAUGAGUUUGGAGAGAACAUGAUGAAAGCAUUAAAUAAAAGAUUAAAGGAAUAGGUUGCGAUUGAUCUAUAUCACAAUAUCUUAAUGAGUUCAAGACUUAUUAAAAAUACAUUAUCUGAGAAGAGUGUGAAAAAGUUGUGUUCUUUUGUGAGAGAGAAAAGAUUUGCUCCUGAAGAGAUUGUUGAGACUCAGAAUGAAUUGGCUAAUAAACUGUUCUUUUUGCAGAAAGGAUAAAUUAACCUGAUUUGUGAUUAAGCCAAUAGAGAAACCUAAUUAGCCAUCAUAGAUGCUGGUAAAUUUAUUGGAGAGAAGGAAUUCAUCAUGUAGACUCAAUAUGAUUAUUCUAUAAGGACAACCAAAUUCUGUCAGAUAGUUUAUAUUGAAUAUGAAGACUUUUUAAAUAUCAUAAAAGAAGAUCCAAGAGAGGAAGAGAAUUAUUAAAUGUUAAAGGAUGAGAUGUAAUUUAAUGAGGAGAAACAGAACUAUGGAGAGGUUUGUUACAUAUGUAGAUGGACUCACUAGUUUAUGAAAUGUCCUUUCGUAUUCUAUAUUGCAAACCUUAGAAAAUUGAGAAAACAGUUCAUGAUUAAUGAGAGUAAUCAAAGACAUAGAUUCAAUAGAAUUGUCACUGGAAAGAUACGAUUCAACUUAUCGCUUAUACAAUAAACUGCUCUCUAAUAAAUAGUAGAUAAUAAUAUUAUAUGUUUGGAAGACUUAACUGAUUAGUAUCUAAACUCAUUAGGAUAUAUUAAAUAAUAUGAUCAUGUGAUUGAAACGUUGUUAAGUGUGAAAAGUAAUACUCUAAAAUCUAUUAAAUACGAAUCAGAAAAUGAUGAGAAUUAGGCAGGCCUUAAGAACUUACCGAAAUGCUCUACAAUCGAUUAGAAAAUUUAGUUUAUAUAAAUGUCACCUGAUUAUUCAGAUCAUGGAGAAGCUACUGAAUGGGCUUCCAAAUUUUUAACUAUGAGAGCCAACAGAAGAACCUUAGCCUAAUUAUAAUAGGUUCAAACCUUACGAGGGAGUAGUGUGUCGUUAUUGUCCUAAGAUUUAUCUAAUCAGGGUUAAUCAUCCUAACAAAAUUCGUCAUCUUCAAGUUCUUUUACUGGCCAGAUCUAGCCAUAAUAAAUAAUAUAGACCAGUUAGGAAUUGCAUCAUAAUGGCCUUGCAAAUAAAAUAAGAAAAGGAAAUUCUUCUACUUUUUAGAAUGUUGAUUAAAAAUUACCGUAACUUCUCUAAUCUUCAUAAAAUAAAUCAAAUUCGGAAUUGAGAUAAAUUUCAAUACCUGUAAUUUAAGAAAAUAAUAAAUUAGAUGAAAUAACCUAUAAUCCUCUAUAAAGAAUAGAUUUUGAUGUGGAUAAAUGCUAAAAUACUUAGAAUUACUUUCCGUAAUUCAAUUUGGAUAUUGUUUUAAUGAAAGCAAAGAAGCCCAAAAAGACUUCAAGACAUGCAACUCAUCUUUUGACAGUCAUUGAAAAAUCGAAAUUUAGACAAUAGUUAUCCAGAUAUUGA